GGGUGAGGUUACGUGUCUAUUGGGAUCUCGGUAGGGUCCUUCUGGGGAACGACGGCUGGGGAUUUUGGUGAUUUUAUAGACGGAUACGCACGAUUCAACAAUGGGGAGAAGAGCUAUCAUGGGGGGAUUUUGGAUUCAUGGCGAAUUCUAGCAUUUUGAUUCGGUCUUUCUGCGUCCAGCACGAGGCUUCUACGAAUUUAAUGUAGUAGGAUUAAUAAUUGUUGUGAAGGGAGUUAUCUUGUUGCAAUUCUACAAGCCAGAAAUUUGGUUUGAGUCUGGGAUGUCUCAGCUUAUCUGAGAACUAUCAUGAUUAGAUACUGACCCGUGACCAACAAGCUGGGAGCAAGGGACAGCAUGCUAUAGUCAUCCUCAGUUGGGGUUAGCUGCAGUAGAGCAAUGGCAUCAUCUUCGGACCCAUGGAUGAAGGAAUACAAUGAAGCAUCCAGACUUGCUGAUGACAUCAGUUCCAUGAUUGCCGACAGAGGGUCUCUUCCACAAUCAGGCCCAGAAAUUAUGCGGCAUACUUCAGCCAUUCGGAGAAAAAUAACUAUUCUUGGUACUAGACUGGAUAGCUUGGAGUCAUUGUUUGGCAGAAUUCCUCCAAAGUCAAUCACUGACAAGGAGAUGCAUAAACGCCAAGACAUGCUUUCCAGUUUGAAGUCUAAAGCCAAGCAGAUGGCGACAAGUUUCAACAUGUCAAACUUCGCUAACAGGGAGGAUCUGCUUGGUCAAAGUAAAAUGCCAGAUGACAUGAGCAGAGUUGCUGGGUUAGAUAACCAAGGAAUUGUUGGCCUUCAGAGGCAAAUUAUGAAAGAGCAAGAUGAGGGUCUCGAGAAGCUGGAAGAGACAGUGCUGAGCACGAAGCAUAUUGCAUUAGCAGUCAAUGAAGAACUUACCCUGCACACAAGAUUGAUAGAUGACCUUGAAGAUCAUGUUGAUGUUACAAAUUCACGUCUUCAGCGUGUGCAAAAGAGGCUUGCAAUUCUGAACAAGCGCACCAAAGGUGGUUGCUCAUGCACGUGUCUGCUCCUAUCUGUCGUUGCCAUUGUGAUUCUUGCAGUCAUUGUUUGGCUUCUCGUCAAGUAUCUAUAAAGAAAAGAAAGAAGCAGCCGGCUACCCUGCGGACCUCUCUCGAAAUGCUCACCUGCAGCCUUCGCUUGAAAAGUUCCUUCUGUGUUACUCCAUAAAAUGUGCAGCCCUUUAAAAUUAAUAUGUAUACACGGUGGUUUCAUCUUCCCUUCCAUGAGUGGAAUGGUUAUGGCUAUGUACAUUACAUAGAAUUUGGUACGUACAUGAUCAUCAUCUGCAUGACUGCAUUUUGUGUAUGGCGUUUGUCAGUUUGCAAUGACAGGGUGUUGAUUUAUUCUGUGCCGUAAGC